AUGUACGUGCAGGUUGGAGGGAGCGGGGACAGCCGCUCCUGUCACGCCACAAACUCGUGUGCCAAGCAAGUGCGCCACAAGGAGGCCCUGCCGUUCUUCAACCAGGACGACGACGGCGAUGACGACGGCCUGGAGACGGACGAUGACGUGCCCCUCCUUCCCGACGAGGCUGCCAAGGAUGAUGGUGGAGACGAUGACCGUCAUCAAGCGAGUACCGAUGCAAGCGCCAGCAGCAAGCUCAGCAGGAGGAAACACCAACAGCACCAACAGGAGGAGCAACAACGCCAAGAACAACGCCAAGAACAACGACAAGAGCAACGACAAGAGCAACGACAAGAACAGCAGCAGCAACAACAGCAGCAGCAACAACAGCAGCAGAAGCAGCAAGAACAAGAACAAGACCAGGACUUGUCCAACGUCAAGGUUGGCCCCUCAGGUGCUCGCAUCACGCUGACCAAUGACGACCUUGAAGAUUCGGUGGCGCAGAUGCACGGCUUGUACCGCAAGAAGUGCGCUUUCGACUGGUCCUCCGUCGUGGACCUGCAGCUGAAAAACUGGCUCGACACCGGCAUCACCAUGAAGCAGGUGGACGACCUGUGCGUGCGCAAGUCGAUCCGCAUCAGCGUACGCGGCGCAGAGGUGCGGCACAUCGCCUGGAACCUGCCGGGCAACAACGCGCACCGCGUGGCCUCCGCCUUCUGGCUCAUCCAGCUUGCCGUCAACCGCGCCAUCGCCCGCGGCAGGCCCAUCCCAAACCUGGAGAUCAACCUGCAGCCCGGGGACGGCACGUACAGCACGGCGCGGCUGCAGUGGGAGAGCCCGGGCCCGCUGCUGUCCAACGCCAAAUGCGCGGGUGACGCCUCCGUCUCCUUCCCCAUGACGCUGCACGACCAGUUUGGGCUCGGCGACGGGCAGAUGGGCAUUGGCGUGUGGGAGCGCCGCAAGGAGCAGUUGGAGGCCCUCGAUAUCCCCUGGGCCGACAAGCACCCCUCGCUCUUCUUCAGCGCGGGCGCAGGCGCCACCACCCGCGGCAACCGGGCAAACCUGUUCAAGAUCAAGUCGCCGUACGUGAGCGUGGUGCCGAGCCCGCGGCCACUGUCCGCGUAUGGGGAGUACCAGUACCUCGUGUAUGCGUUUGGUCACUGCGGAUGGUCGCGGCGCCUGCACGAGCUCGCAUUCCUGCGUGCGGUGGUGCUCAUGGAAGACUCGCCGUGCCGCGAGUACAUGCACCACGCCUUUGACGCCGACCGCGACUACGUGCCCGUGAAUGAGGAUUUCUCGGACGUGGAGGCGGCAAUGAACCGGCUGGUGAAGGACCCCGAAGAGGCCGCCGCCAUGGCCGAGCGCUGGGUGACGAAAGGCCGCACGGUGCUCUCGCUGCCGUGCACGCUGCAGUAUGUGGAGGAUUUGCUGCGGCGAUACGCGGGCCUGCAGCGGUUUGAGCCGCCGCCACGACCAGAGUGGACGCUGUAUGAACUCAACAGCGGCGCAGAGCACUUUCGGCAGACGGGCAAGGAGGGCGACCCCAUGCUGUGCACGUUCCAGCCGCCGCGCGACCAGUCCCCAAACACCCGCUCGCACGAGUGCUAG